ACCUCACUUCAUUACCCAAGUUUUCUCUUCUCUUCUCUUCUCUUCUCUUCGUCUCUUCACCACGUGGCCGCACAUCCUUUUGUAACGCCCGUCACACCACCCUCUCUUAACGGUGUGUGCCCAUUCUUAGACAUAAACCCCACCGUCCUCUGCUCUGCAUCCUUAUCAUAGCACAGAAGCCCUCUUCCCGCUCGUGAAUGAGGGCUAUCUGUGCUUCUCUCCACCUCUGCUUAUCUCUUUAACGUGCGAAUUUGUUUCUGCGUUUUUCUUAAGCUAUGGCUUCUUCUCUCAGAUUCCGUAAGCUCUGUAACCUCCUGUGUCUCCUUGAGCUCGUGAAGGGUCCGUUUGGGAAGAAAAAAUGGGAUGAUGGGAAGAAGCAAGAAAACCCUGUUUCUUCUUCUUUUGCUGAGGUUAAGAAGGAGAAGAAGGUCCGGGCUAAGAAUGAAUGGAAAUGCGUAGAUAGAUGUUUAUGGAUGAUUGGGUGUAUCUGGGUAACAUGGUGGUUCUUUUUGUUCGUCAUCAAUCUUUUGCCCACCCAAUUGGCCACUGAAUCACCCGGAGCUCUUCUCAAGCGUGACGGUUUGACCGCCUUCCACCCGGUGGUUUUGGUCCCCGGCAUUGUCACCGGCGGCCUAGAGCUCUGGGAGGGAAGGCCCUGCGCUGAGGACCUUUUCCGGAAGCGCCUUUGGGGAGGUACCUUUGCUGAGAUGUUCAAAAGGCCAUUGUGUUGGCUGGAGCACAUGUGCCUGGACAAUGAAACCGGACUCGACCCGCCUGGAAUUCGGGUUCGGGCCAUCCAAGGACUGGUGGCGGCUGAUUAUUUUGCUCCGGGAUACUUUGUUUGGGCGGUGCUUAUUGAGAAUUUGGCAAAGAUUGGGUAUGAGCAGAAGAACAUGUAUAUGGCUGCUUAUGACUGGAGGCUCUCUUUCCAAAACACUGAGGUGAGAGACCAAUCUCUUAGCAGAUUAAAGAGUAAGAUAGAGCUAAUGUAUGCAACAAAUGGAAACAGAAAAGUGGUAGUGGUGCCUCAUUCCAUGGGAUCACUCUAUUUUCUUCACUUUCUUAAAUGGGUCGAAUCGCCUCCUCCUAUGGGAGGCGGUGGGGGUCCCACUUGGUGUGCGAAGCACAUCAAAGCAAUCAUGAACAUCGGCCCGACAUUCCUCGGCGUUCCAAGGGCAUUUAGCAGCUUGUUAUCAGCUGAAGGGAAAUUCAUUUCACUUCUCAGAUCAUUCGCUCCUAAUCUACUUGAUGAGACAUUUCGGUUUCAAACAAUGAAACAAGCCUUACGGGUGUGCCGAACAUGGGACUCAAUCGUUUCUUUGUUACCUAAAGGAGGAGAGACCAUUUGGGGUAACUCAGAUUGGUCACCCGAGGAGGAAUACAAAUGUAGCUCAGCAACAAAAAAACAUCUGAAUUCUUUUUCAAGUAGCAAUAACAAAACUAAAUAUGGGAGAGUUAUUUCAUUUGUGAAUGGAGCAACCGAGUCACCCUCUUCACUAUUGGCAGAUUUUGAUAUAAUGGAAGAUGUACAUCAAAGUGUUACAAACAAUGAAACAUCGUGUAGAGGGGUAUGGACAGAAUAUAACCACAUCAGCAAAGAAAGCAUCCAUAAAGUUGUUGAAAACAAAGCAUAUACAGCAAAAACAGCAAUUGAUCUUCUUCGGUUUGUGGCACCUAAAAUGAUGAAGCGCGCCGAGUCACAUUUCUCCCAUGGAUUAGCGAAUGACCUUGAUGAUCCAAAGUAUGAUCAUUACAAGUACUGGUCAAAUCCACUUGAAACCAAGUAAGUGUAAUUAUUUUCAUGAUUUAUGUAUGUUAUCGUAGCUCUAGGAUUUUAGUUCAUAGAGAUUAUGUUAACUUUUCUCAUACCAACUGAGCACAAACAUACAAACUCAUAUACUCCCUCCGUCCCAAUAUAAAGAGCACAUUUGCCUUUUCAAACAUUUGUAGGAGGAACACUGUUUGGACACUGUUUGAACACUGUUUGCACUGUUUGGCACUGUUCCGCACUGUUUUGUUUGCCAAAAAGGGAAAUGUGUCUUUUAUAUUGGGACGGCCCAAAAAGGAAAAUGUGCCUUUUAUAUUGGGACGGAGGGAGUAUAAGACAUUCGACUACUCUAUAAGUGUAAUCCAGUGCGGGCUCAAUAUAAUAAUAUGAACUCACAUACAAGUGCCUCAACUACUACCCAUGUCUCAACAUUUUGAGACCAAACUCCGAGUCUUAAUUGAUUACAUUGUGUUUAAUGUAGUAAAAUGGCUGCGUUUUAUACAUUUUCAGGCUACCCAUUGCACCAGAUAUGGAGAUAUACUGCUUAUAUGGAGUUGGAAUUCUCACCGAGAGAUCAUACAUGUACAAGAUCUCCCCUACAAACACAUGCAAUAGCAUUCCCUUCCACAUUGACAGUUCUAUAGAAGGGAGUGGCAACAGCGGAUGUCUAAGAGGUGGAGUGCAUUUUGUAGACGGCGACGGAAGCGUUCCAAUUCUAAGCUCAGGCUUCAUGUGUGCCAAACCAUGGCGCGGGAAGACGCGGUUCAACCCAUCGGGCAGUCGUACGUACAUAAGGGAGUACCAACACGAACCACCAUCUAGUCUCCUCGAAGGGAGGGGUACAAAGAGCGGGGCUCAUGUUGAUAUAAUGGGAAAUUUUGCAUUGAUUGAGGAUGUAUUGCGCAUUGCUGGCGGGGUUUCCGGGGAAGAGUUGGGUGGAGAUAGAGUUCAUUCUGACCUCAUGAAAAUGUCAGAGGGGAUAAAUAUACAGUUAGAUACUUAGUAUAUAGUUGUAGCAUUACAGCGUGCAGAGUGCAAGAAAGUUAAUUAGGGAACUAAUAUGAGUAGAGGAAUGCAGGUUGGAGUGCCUCAGGUAUAGGGUAAUAAUGUCCUGUUGUGUAUAACAAAGUGAAGAAAUCUUCUUCAGUGAAAAGCUUUAAGAGAUGAGAUUUAUUUAAUAAAAAGGGAUUAAUCACAACUUUAAGAGAUGAGGGUCCCAAGCACCGCCCGCCCACCCGGACUAGUCGGAUGUAAAUUAGAGUUUAAUCACAACUUGGCAAUAGGUUAACCAUCUUAUUACUAAUCUCGCCGGAGAGGCCCCUUAACCGGAAAGCUCCAAGAUCACUUUGAGGGAGAGGGAGAUCAUUUGCAAAUGAAAUCUGGCAGGAUUCAUAAUGAACUAGUUUUCAUUUCCAGGUGAGGGUUAGAAACUUAAGGUUGAAUUAGUCAUUUGAUUUAAUAAAAUGUAGUUUGACGACAUCUUUAUGACCCUAUGGAGUUGCCCC